CGGCUGGGCCAUUCCGACGGUGCGCUAUUCCCAAAGCAACGUUCUGAAGGCGAACGCGUAGGAGCCAAUGAGGGGCGCGAAGCUGCUGGGGUUUAACUAAAGGGGUUCAAGACCUGAAACUCGUGGUUCCAAAUCGGAGAGGACGCUGUAGAAUUAAUCCAAGGGGGCGUUGUGACAGCACCAAGCAGAACCAAGAUUAUAUGUGAGGAAGGGAGCAUGAUCACUUUCAUGAACAAUUCUGACAGCGAGGAGGAACCCUGCAAUGAAAGAACAUCCCUGAUGUCGGCCGAGAGUCCCCUUCUACCUUCGUACAACGAUGGUGUUCAAGCACCUGAAAUGGCAGAAACUAAUACACACAGGAAAAGGCGCACUGGCAGCAGCAGCAGCUCUAACAAAACUGCAGAUGGAAACGCGUCUGAUCCGGAAAGAGCUUCAGUGGCACAAGUUGCCCUGGAAAACAAGGAGGAGGAGCUGACCUUAAAAUAUGGAGCAAAGCAUGUGAUCAUGCUAUUUGUGCCUGUCACACUAUGCAUGAUUGUGGUGGUUGCAACCAUAAAGUCAGUACGUUUUUACACCGAGAAGAACGGUCAGCUGAUUUAUACCCCCUUUACUGAAGACACUCCCUCAGUGGGCCAGCGUCUCUUGAACUCCGUGCUGAACACCAUCAUCAUGAUCAGUGUCAUAGUAGUCAUGACAAUCUUUUUGGUUUUGUUGUAUAAAUACCGUUGCUACAAGUUCAUUCAUGGCUGGCUCAUUCUCUCCUCUCUGAUGCUGCUCUUCCUCUUCACCUACAUCUAUCUUGGAGAGGUGCUAAAGACCUACAACGUGGCCAUGGACUACCCUACCUUGUUCUUCAUUAUUUGGAAUUUUGGAGCAGUUGGAAUGAUUUGCAUCCACUGGAAGGGGCCCUUGCAGCUCCAGCAGGCCUAUCUCAUCAUGAUCAGUGCUUUGAUGGCUUUAGUUUUCAUUAAAUACCUGCCUGAGUGGUCAGCAUGGGUCAUUCUUGGAGCCAUAUCUGUUUAUGAUUUGAUGGCUGUCUUGUGCCCAAAGGGACCACUCAGGAUGCUGGUAGAAACAGCGCAAGAAAGAAACGAGCCAAUAUUCCCUGCGCUUAUUUAUUCCUCUGCCAUGAUGUGGACUGUAGGCAUGGCAAAGCCAGAAAUGGCUCGAAGAGGAUCUGCUCAGCAAACAUGGGAUCCAGCUGAUAUGACAGAGAACCAUGAGAAUUCUUCAAACACAGAGCCUGACGUUCCUGAGAUGAGAAAUUCGGCAAUGAGCCAUCCAAUCAAUUCUUCCCCAGAAGAAACAGAAGAGGAGGAAAGAGGUGUCAAAUUAGGACUUGGAGACUUCAUAUUCUACAGUGUGCUUGUGGGUAAAGCAGCUGCCGCUGCUAGUGGUGACUGGAAUACAACUUUGGCUUGCUUUGUAGCCAUCCUCAUAGGCCUGUGUUUAACUCUCUUAUUGCUGGCGGUGUUCAAGAAGGCAUUGCCUGCCCUUCCUAUCUCCAUCACCUUUGGCUUGAUCUUCUACUUCUCAACAGAUAACCUUGUGCGACCUUUCAUGGACACACUUGCAGCUCAUCAGUUAUAUAUUUAAAAAUGAAGCAGAGGUGCUGAAGAGCUCCUCCUUGUCCCCCUGCUACUGGACAAUUUUACAUGGAUGAAGUUCUAAGGUUUUUACACAUGGUGCCAUAUAUUUUCAGGAAAUAUUGUCAAGCAAAUACGCGAGUCUCCCUGAGAUCUAAUAAUCAUGUCUUUCCAAUGCCGAUGUUAAAAGUCGACUGGGAGGAAGACCUGUGUGGUGUGACCUAUCUCUGUUUAAUCAGGAUUAAAUCCCCCAAGUUUCGAGACUCGCUCCCAAGUCAGUGUGCCUAGGAUUGCAGCCCUGAUUCCCUCAAGAUACCUGGCCUCUAAACUGAACAGGAAAAAGUCCUGAUCAGCAUAUUGUCCCUUUCAGCAAUGCAUACUGUAAGUGGAUCAGUUCUAUUGGCCCAAGAUGAGAUGAAGAACCUUCCUUUAAGAUGUGAACGACUGGGGAUUUAAGGUUCCAGUUUACGUUAUGGUUUUGGGAUCACAAAGAAAAAGAAUCAUGUAACAGUAAUACAACAAUCUCUCUCUUUAAUGAUAGGAAAGCACUCUUUCAGUAUAACAAGUGCAGGGGUCCAUCACAGUUUUGCCGUAGAAGCUACCUCACAAGGCAAGAAAAUAGCAGCUUGAACCUCAGUGGGUAUCCUAGUUAAUGCCAAGCCUGCAUGGGAGCUCCCCACACUCAUGAUUUGGCAGCAUAGGGCACAAUCUGAAGUACAAGAAGCAAACCACACUAUUGUUUUGCAUGUCCUUUCUUCUUGACCACUGAGCCACCUGGGAAAUUUGGGCUGCCUUGCAGGUAUCUUGAAUUAAAUGCACCGGAACCCUCCCACAGCACCUUGGAUGCAAUCAUUCUGUGAGAUCACCUGUUUUCCUGACAUUACUUAUGUGGGCAAGCAUUGAAAAGAAAAUUAAGUGCAUUAGAGAGACCUCCUUGAGUGGAUUUGCUGCAGGGGGAGUAGUCAAUAACAGGAGUUUACCCCCAUUGCUUCCAUUUCCCUCUUUCUUGGAUUGGCAACCAGUCGAAGAGGUGAUGCACACAGCCUCUUCUGUUGCCCUGCUUGGGAAAGGUUGAAGAGAAGCAGUCAAUCAAAGCGGAGGGGACACUCUUGGCAACUGAGCAGGACUCCUGCUGGAGGCAGACGUCGCUGUUGUAGUGAAAUCCUUAUGGCUAUUUGAAAGGCCAGCCUGAUUCUUGCUAGCUAUUAGAACUUUGGAUAUAGGGUCUGAUUAAAAGUGCUCUCCCUCUCGUGUGCACACACAUACACACUAAUGUGUGAUGUGAAGGCUUUGUGCCCAUCGCUAUACAUAUACAUGACCCAGUUCUUUCUCCUCCAAAAAAACCCUCCCCAAAACUGCAUAUGUAUGGUUGGGCACACAAACUCUCUCACGCUGCAUGUUACCUUUUUAAAAAAGAAAUACAUGGGGAUUUAAAACUGAAAAGCAGAUUGCAACCCAAAAGGUGUGGGUUCUUUGCUGCAGGAGGAUAUAACACAUUUUGGUUCCUACUUUUGGGAGAAAAGAUGUGUGGCUGGUUAUUCUGCUCAACUGUUACAGACUAGGGAUGUGCAUGGAACCAGGUGGGGGUGGCUUGACGGUGGGGUGGUAGUGUUUCACUUUGAGGGGUGGGGGAGGUGUACCUACCCCUCUCUCCGCUUUCCCCCACCAGCACUUGGUAUUUUUAACAUCUUACGGGGCGGCAGCGUACUUCCCUGCCGCCCCAUUCGUUCCUUGGCUGGAAGUAGCUGGUGCACGUCGUGCUUGCGCAUGUCGGGUGGGCUUGCGCGUGAGCAUGAUGUGCGCAAGCAUGCCAGCUACUUCCGGCCAAGGAACAAACUUGGCAGCAGGGAAAUAAGCUGCCGCCUCAUAGGAUGUUUAAAAAUACCAAGCGCCGGCAGGGGAAAAGCAGAGGGAGGGGCAAGUACACCCUCUCCCGCCCUUAAAGUGAGACCCUCUCCUUGCCUUCAAACUUCAAACCCACCCACCCCCCACCAGUGUUUGAACCUUGGAGGCCUGUAAAAGGACCUCCAAACAGGUUCGUGCACAAAAGGUUCCCAAAAGUGCUUGGGUUUGAUUUCCCUUUUCUUUCUUGUACUGUGUUGAAGUUUUAUUUUUAAAAUGACUAACUUAGAAGUGUUGUUUAAAUAUUUAAUGUAAAAGUGAACUCUUUGGAAAUAUAGUUCUGCAUCAAAAUGUAGGGAUGCAUAUAUGAAUCCAUUGUAUACAUCUGGUCUACACAAGAAAUUAUUGAUGCUCAAAAUGUUUCAAGACUAGAGUGACCCUUAAAAAUGCUCUGGUUCUUGCUGCCAGCAGACGUUUCAUUUCUAAUCUGGAUUUCCUCCCAGGAAGAUUCGUCAUCUUCGAUCACCUUUUAAAAAAAGGAACUGUACUUUCCAAAAUUCCUUUUCCAAGAAUGACAUUUUCUUAUGUGCUGUAACUGCUUGAAAAGAAUGGUCUAGUAAACAAAUGAAGCAAGGUGGGAUCAUGGAGUUUCCACUGAAACUUCCUCCUGUAUAACACUCAUUGAAGUGUCAUUCCCAUUCAUUUCAGUGGGCUUGACCAGGCGUCUUGUGGCUUGUCCUCCUGGCCUGCUUGAGGGAAGCCUGCCUAAAGUUAAAUAAUGACCUUUCGAGACAUUGUUGGCUUUUCAAAAUGCAUAUUCAAUCAUGUUUAAAGCAUGGAAAGAUGAUUAUUUAUAUAGUAAUAUAUUGCGAGGGGAUAUUUUAAUUCAAGAAAUCCAUAUUUACUUUCCACGAAUGGAAGCUGCCUUGGAGGGCUGGGUGGAUGGGUGUAUUUGUUUCAGCCGGGUAUCUAAUGAAAUUGAUUCUAUUUCUGUUCAUUAAAUGGGCUACUUUAAUGCUUGAAACAUGAAGGAAGAAUAGUGAAUUGAUUCCAAAUUAUUUCCACAGAUAUUAUCAUAAUGGGCUGGCCAAAGAUGUCUUGAUACCUACAAAUGGCACCACACAUACAUAUUACCAUCGUGUGUGUUAAUUUCAACAAUUCAUUUCCUUUAGUUUCCACAGAAUAACUUCCCGGUGGACUGCACACAUGGGGUACCUCUGUCUCCACUCUCUGAUUCUAUGCAGACUUAAGUGUACAUAAAACCAUUUAAAUCAGGCCUGCUCAAUUUAGCCUCCCCCAGCUGUUUUUGGACUACAACCCCCAUAAUCCCCAGCCACAGUAUCCAAUAGCUAGGGAUUAUGGGAGUUGUAGGCUAAUUCUGCAAAUGGGCUGAAGUUGAGCAGCCCUUAUUUAGAUUAAUGAACCUAAGCAUGUCUAACUCUCUGCCAGGAUUGUAGCCAGGGGCGUAACGAGGCUGGAGUGGGCCCAGAGACAAAAUUUUAAAAUGGGGCCCCUCGCUGAUAUACACACACACACUCACUUCACAUGUGACUUGCCUCUGGUAGGCCCCUUGAGGUGUGGGGGGCCCCAGGCAGCCGCCUCCCCUUGCCUAAUGGUAGUUACGCCCCUGAUUGUAGCCUUAAUGGUCACACCCUGACUCCAUUACCUGGGGUGACUACCUCAGCCUGUGUGAUGGUAGGGCUGUCUCUGAUGGGAAUGCAUUGAUUUCAGACUUCUUGUGAGGUAAAUUUUAUGAAAACAGGGCUUAGUUCAAGUUUAGUUGUGUUUGUGAGACAUUUUUAGGUGAUUUUUAAAAACUGCACUUACUGUACAGGCCAUAAGUAAGGUUGUCAGACCUAAAUCCUAAAAGAUCUGCUGUUGCAAGAGUUGCAUAGAAGGAAGACCUUUUACAUGGUGUCAAAGAAGGCACAGUGGAAAUAAUUUUUCCUUCUAGGCAAACCUUAAAGGUACAGGGGUGCUCUCAAAUAGGGGUGUGCACGGAACCGUGGAGCUGCGGUCCGGCACUGGAGUGGGGGGUUCCAUUAAGGGCGGGGGGCUUUACUUAUCCCUCCCAACAACAGCGCCGUAUUUACUUGAGAAAUCGGGUGGCAGGAUACCUCCCUGCCGCCCCCUUCAAUCCCCGCUUGGCCGGCGGCCGCCCCCAAUCCCCCUGCCGCCCCCUUCAAUCCCGUUUCUCCUUAGAAAUCGGGCGGCAGGAUACCUCCCUGCCGCCCCUUUGCCUGCUUGGCUGCAAAAGGCUUUUAAGAAGCCUUUUGCGCGCCACCCGUUUUCUAAGGAGAAAUGGGAUUGAAGAGGGCGGCCGCUGGCCAAGCAGGGAUUGAAGGGGGCGGCAGGGAGGUAUCCUGCUGCCCGAUUUUUAAUGGAGAACGGAGCCAAGCGGGGAUUGAAGCGGGCGGCAGGGAGGUAUCCUGCCGCCCGAUUUCUCAAAUAAAUAUGGCGCCAUUGUUGGGAGGGGUAAGUAAAGCCCCCCCGCCCUUAAUGGAACCCCCCCCCAAAUCUUGCUGAACCAAACCGCCUGUGUCCGGACCGGUCUGGAGGCCUGUAGAAUGGCCUCCGGACCGGUCCGUGCACAUCCCUACUCUCAAAGUCCAUGCCAAGGUAGUCUACCUUUGGCACUCCAGCUGUUUUUGAACUACAGUUCCCUUCAUCCCCAGCCACAACAUACUGUGGCUGGGGGUGAUAGGAGUUGUGAUCUAACAACAGCUGGAGUGCAGAAGGUUGACUCCCACUGGCCUAGGGCUCUUCUGUUUGCAAUAUUGACAGCCUGCUGCCCAGUGUCCAGUUCUGUUUAGAUGCUUUUAACAAUACUGUGCUGGACUUGGUGACUAGCCAUGUGAAAGUGUGUUUGUAUGGGUAUUUUUCCAGAGAAGAAAAGUUGUUUUUUAAAAAAAUCAGAAUUACAUAAAUGUUAGAACCAGUUUAUUUAUUUGAAACUUGACCAUGAUCAGUGACAAUCUAGGACAAAUACAAUCCAAACAAAAAUACGGUACAGCCUUCCUGGUCUUCAGUGGGACUUCUGUGCAGUAGGAAUCCCUUAUCGAAAUGAACAGAGACUAUCUGGCUGAUGGCUUCUUUAUAAACUUAAUGAAGGACAUUUUUAAAAGUCAUAACUUCCCUAAAUGGUCCUCAGAGGGUGUCCAGUUCAUGGGAAACAAUUCUAACAGAUCAGUUUACAUGAAUGAGAAGUGUGCUGAGUGGGUAGACAAAAAGUAUACUACAACAUGUGUACAGGAAAUACUUAUAUAUAACAGAAAAAAAUCAGACUUUCAAACCCUGUGUAUUUACUGCAACUGUAAAGUGACAAUUAAACAUGACACUGAUUGUA